ACUAAACUCAGUCGGCGCGCCAUUGUCGUACAAUGUGAUUAUUCCAAACAGUGUUUAUUUUUGGAAAUCUGUAUGACUAACACGCAUCAUUUGUUCUGUACAGCGACAAAUCAGCAAGAACUAUCGUUCAGAACUGAAAUAAAAGAGACCCACCUUUGAGAUAGAACUCAGUCAGCGCGCCAUUGUCCUACAAUGUGAUUAUUCCAAACAGUGUUGUUGACUUUAGGAAAUCUGUAUGACUAACACGGAUCAUUUGUCCUGGAUAGAGACAAAUCAGCAAGAACUGUCUUUCAGGACUAAAACCCCCAGAAGAUUCGCCUUUGAGAUAGAACUGGGUCGUCGCGCCUUCGUCCUACAAUGGGUUCAUUCCAAACAGUGUUCUGUAUUUCUGUGAUUCUCACUGUGGUGUCCGGGUUUUCACUCAGUGACGUCCAACAACGAUCACAUCGUCUGGAGGGGUCAGAGUUCAUCACCGAGACUGUGAAGAAUUUCCUCCAGUGCAAGAGUCUGUGUGGCCGUCGGUCUCUGUGUAAGUCUGUCAACUACAACGCGAGGACGGGAGAAUGUACGUCAAACUUCAGAGAUACCGAGACAUCGUUGGAACUGUUGCUGGACAGUGUUCCUGGAAGUGUGUUUGCGGAGAAACGAUUUAUGCCUGAGAGUAGCGGUGUUUGCAACAGCAUACCAUGUGGAGACACAGAAGUUUGUAACCAGUUGGGAUCCAAACGCAGAUGCUUCAGUGAAGAAAUCCGCUGCGGUGAACCACCUGAUGUUCCUAACGCCAGCAAGACCACUUUCGGGCCGACACUCCAUUCCGUCUGCCACUACAGCUGCGACGUCGGUUACGUUAUGGUUAACGGCACGACGACGUCAUCAUGCCUGGUAACGAGGGCGUGGUCUCUCACAGACUUGAUUUGUGCUGGUGAGAUUUUAUUCAUAGAACAACAACCACCACCACCACCACCAAAAAACCCAACUGACUACUAUCUUAAGAUAUAUGCUUUAUCCUGCUCAGAUCAGAAUGGCGAAAGCCGCUAUCUUAAGACAGCAACUAGCUCGAGUGUUCUAUAGCUCUCCCCUGUUUCUGUGUUGUCAAGGAAACAACAUAUAAACACGGGAGGACUAGAGGGCACCUGAACUAGACAGCAACCAGGCCAGGACCCGUGUUUAUAAAACCUUUAGAGUGCAGACUCA